GCCGGUGAGCAGCGGCUCUGUGACUACAGGGUCUCCUUUCCAUGUUCUGUGUGCCAACAAGAAAUUCACUUAACACGUUCUUUCUUCCAUAAAAAGCAGCACAGAGCUUUGGCGACCCUGGGCCUGGAAUGGAUGGGCAAAAAGAAACCCCGUUCUUUUGAAAUUGCUGCUCAGAGACAGCUUAUAGUUUCUAGGCUCCUGUCCUUUCUUAUGUUCUCUGAAAGGACCCUCCAGAAAAUUAAUUAUGCCUAUGAAGUACUUUGGAAGAAGCAAAAGCCAGUGUACUAUAAGAUUUUGGAUAAUCUUGAUGGGACCUCCACAUAUUUACCUAAAGUUAGUCACCUGUUAAUUAAAGGGAUAGCUACCUCAGGAAACAGGAAUUCUACCUGGAAAGUUGACAUGAAUGAUAAAUUCACUAUUGUGAAUGAUUUUGGCAAUAAGCCCAAUGUGUGUUUCUUUGGCUUGUUUGAUGGGCACCGCGGUGACACGGCGGCAGACAUGGCUUCCAAGGAGCUCCCGGUUUUGUUUCUCCAUCAGCUGACCAGAUGUGACCCUUCCUACCAAAUGACAGCCAAGGAACAACACAUGAUCAAUUCCUUUCACAUUAUGUUCCAGGAAGAGUACACCUCCAAGGAAGAUGCCUUCUUCUCUACACCUAAGAUCAAGAAGAACCAAGGACACAAGUUUGAGGAUAUCCACAAAGCCUUUGCCAAAGCCUACUGGAGAAUGGACAGGCUCCUAGAGCUCGGGAGGAAUGAAGUUUCCAGGGUUCGGUGGAGUGGCUGCUCUGUGGUCACUUGUAUGUUGGAGGGUAGCAUCAAAAACCAUGGUGGGACAGAAACUAACAGCCUGGGGUCCCAGAGAUUUGCUUUCCACAACAAGCCAUGGGAAGUUUCUGGAGUGCUACAUGUUGCCAACACUGGUGACGUGCAAGUGGUCUUAUGCAGAAAUGGAAAAAGCUUUUGUCUAACCAAAGAACAUACAACACGAAAUGUCAACGAAAGGAAGAGGGUCCUUGAGAAUGGAGUGACGAUUAGUUCUGAUGAACCGACUGGAUUCCUGGAAGGGUACAUCAAAACCACACGGGGGCUUGGAUUUCACGGAGACCCCACACUGAAGAAGUCCGUCAUCCCAGCACCUUCCACCAUUUCUGUCCCCAUAGACAAUCUGUGCCAAUUUCUAAUCUUGGCUACGAAUGGACUUUGGGAAGUUUUUGAAGUAAAGGAAGUCACUGCACUGGCAAUGACACUGUUUCAGACAUACAAAGAGAAUGUGCUUCUCUCAGGAGGUGGUCCACAGGAUGGGACCCAGAUCCACGUGCUGUUUCAGUACAAACCUGAGUCUAAAGAAUGCAGGUCAAUGACACAGUUCAUGAAAAAUUCAAGACAUUCUGAAUAUUGCUUUUAUUACCCUAAAAACACAGAGACAUCUCCAUCAAAAAGAGCUCAUUCUGAACCUUCCAGUGAAAAAGAGCCCAACAUACCCACAAGUACAGAUGGUGUGCAAGAGCCACGUGAUUCAAGUUUCUACGAAGGCGCGGCCGAGUAUGUGAGCCGUGAACUUGUCACUGCGGCUCUGGAAGCUGGCUCCAGAGACAACAUCACCGUCACCGUGAUAUUUCUCAGUGGCACUGAGUAUCAGCAGCUGACACAAAAUUGAAACUUGAAUUACUCAGCCCAAAACAUGAUGCUAGAACAAUCUCUCAAUGAACCAGCUGUCAAGGGGACAUAACAGCACUAUGUAGAUAUUUUUAAGAAGGUAAAGAAAAUACAAAAGCAGACCACAGGCUUUAUGUAUCAGGUAUGUUACUUUCACUGCUUUAUGUCCCCAACCCCUUAAAAAGAGAGAGAACCCAGUGCUGCUUUUUAUACCACUUUAUUCCAACCUGAGCACCUCAGUAUAAAACUAAACACGGUGAACUGUUUCCCCCCUUGUUCUGGGUUACUGUAGAGCUCCACGGUCUGUUAGCAGUUCAACACUUAAGUAGAGCCAAUCUCCUCCCACACACGGCAGAGUUUCACAGAAUGAACCUAAAAGAAUUAGUGCAAUAUACUGAUCAAAAUAAAAUGGACUUUGAGAAACAAGGCUGCAAGAUUGUUACUGACAUUGUAAUACUUAUGUUACAAAUUACAGGUACAUUGUUAGGGUUCUAGCUGUGUAGGAACAACUGAAGCUCCUUUCUUCCACAGAGGGAAGAGAAAGAAACCAUUAGCUGUUU